AUGGAAGACGGGACGCAGCCCAGAUUUCAGGGUAUCGCGUUUGAGCACGACUUGGUGCUGAUAAAGACUGGUUUUGAUGGCAGUAUACCGAUGAACGCGGCUGUUUCGUUUCUUGCAAACCAGCCAACGCCAGAAACAUGCUCUGUGGUCAUCUUCACACCAGAUUCAAAACUGUAUGAUGACUCUGAACACGCCAGUAUGCCGUUAGAGGUGGAUGAAUGGCUACUGGCCAAUGGAUCCCGCGGGGGAAUAUCAAAGCUGUUGAGCCGAUUGAGCAUUGUACGCGUCGUAGACUUGGCCCAGCUCGCAGUCUGUUUGUCUGCAUUUCCGGCUGACAGUUUGCAACAAGAAUGGCCAAAGGAUGGAAUCAUGAUUAUUCUACACGAUAUAUCGACAUUGUCUAAACUGAAUUCGGAGCAAGACCUUGGACGGCUGCUUGCAAUCGUGGGCCAUGGAAUUGGAGCUCUGCGUGGGUGUAGUGGAGUCAAGAAGUUUAUCAUCUUUGACGGCCAUUUGAGUGCAUCCACCGAGCGAAUUCUGAAAUGCUACUUGACACAGGAGAGCAUCGUCGACGGCCGGGAAACGGAGGGCCCGCGGCGUGGCGUUGGCGACCGGCGAGAUUAA